AUGGGAUCUCUGGCACAGAGGUGGAUAAAAGCUCAGCUGUCUUCAACGGAGACGCUAUUGUACAAAGAAGAUUGGGCUAAGAUUCUCCCUAACACAUUCUUCGAGGAGGAUAAGCCUACAUUCUACGCAGCCUAUGGUCAACUUAUCAAUACGAUUCAACUUAUUCGCCAAGAUGCCCCUGGUUUGGAAAAGAAUAUCGAUGACGAACUUGAUGGUGCUAAACGGGCCAUGGUACUGGCUGAUGAUGGGCGGCAAUAUAACGAUUCCUCGUACAUGAUCCAGGCUUUGAACAACAAGCUUGCCGCAAACGAUGUAUCCUGGGAGGUGAAAACGAAAACUGUCGAGGGCCCUGAGGGAUACACUUGGGAACUAGUCAAUAUUGAGGCGACCCUCGCGGCUCACCCUGAAGCAUCCGAGGACCUGAAGAGCGCAGUCCGUCAGCUUGGCUCGAAUUGGGGAACUGCAGCCAGUGAAGACGUAGGGUCAAAAAAGCAUGUCGAGGCUCUCCUCGCAAGUGCACUCUUCCAAUCAACACUUCUGGGUGAUAGUACCUGUGAGUUUGAGCUGUGA